GAGGCCUCGCCGCCGGCAGGCGCGGGCGCCGCUGCCGCGGAGGCAGAGUGCGGAAGCUCGGAGGAUGCCGAGCCCGUGCUCUAGACCUAGAUCGGGGCUGAAGAAGCGCGCGCCCGCCGCGCCCAAGGGCGGGGCCCGCGGCGCGGCCGCCGCGGCCGCCGCCAGGGAGCUCCGGGCCGCGCUCCCGCGGCUGUGGCGGAGGCUGCGCGGCCCGGGCCAGGGCGCGGCCGCGAGCGGCGGCGUGUGCAAGGUAAAGUGCUCCCUCGCGCAGCUCCGCGCCGCGCUCCGGGCGCGGAGGGGGCCCUGCACGGGGUGGAGCUCGGCCCCUGGCGCGGCAUUGGGCCGCGCGCCUGGCUUGGCGGCGCGGCUGUCUUUGCGGCAGCGCCUCGGGCUGCGUUACCAGGACCCCUCGAAGCACGGCUCGUGGUCCGCUUCCAACCUCGUGGGGUACUCUGCCGCCCCGGUGAAGGGCGCGCGAUCGGAGGUGCAGGUCUCGUGGCGCUGCUACACCGCCGAGUUCGUGCUCGUGCAGCUGGCAGCGGGCCGCUUCGAGCUGCAGCGGAGGGUCGGCAGCCAGGUGGCCGCCUGCCGCGUCGAGAAGCGGCGCCGCGGGGGCCCCGGCGGCCCCCUGGCCGAGGAGAGGUACACGGUGACGGCGCGUUCGCGCUGCAGGCUCGCGGCCGACCGGCGGAAGAAGAUCAGAGUGGAGACGCGGCCGCUGGACCUGCUGCCGGCCGUCAUCAUCCGACCGCCGUCCGGGCCGCAGCGCUGGACGCUGAUCUACCUGCACGGCUUGGGCAGCUCGGCCCUGGGAAACUACGCGGACCGGCCACAUUUCUUCGUGGACGGUUCGGUCGCGCUCAAGGUGAUCGUGCCUACAGCACCCAGCCGUGAGCUGACCUGCUUCGACACUUGGUGGCAGCAGAGUCCGUCGAAGAAUUGGUACCUCUCGAAGUUCCUUUCCUGGUACGAUUACCUCACCAACUUCGACGGCCGGAAGGAGGACGUUAUCGACGUCGACUCGCUGCUCGCCAUGCGGCGCGCGCUCCACAAGCUCGUCCAGCGAGAGGCCGCGGAGCUCGGCGGGAGGCCCGACCGGGUGAUCCUGGGCGGCAAGUCGCAGGGCUGCUGCACCUCGCUGGACGCGGCGCUGACGUACCCGGAGGCCCUCGGCGGCUUCGUCGGCGUGGUGGGGCACGUCCUCAGCUGCACGCCCGUGGAGCCGGGCUGCGCGCAGCAGGCGACGCCCCUGCACUUCUUCCACGAGCCACGGGACGAGAUCAUGCGCUGGAAAUGGGUGCAGGACUCCGAGAGGCGGCUCAGAGCGGCGGGGCUGCGGGUGCACUCGAGGCACCGGUCAGACCCAGAGGCUUGCGGCCACUUCAUCCAGGGCGUCGAGGGCACCUGGGUCCGGACUGCCCUCCGGGAGAUUUGUGCGCAGUAGGGGCAGCGGCGGGUUGCGGCGCAAGGGCUGACCCGCAGACGGCGUGGGGAGCAAAGUCGUUUUGCGUGCCGUCUCCGUUGCUUCCGCUCCGCAGGAAACA